UCGCUGCCGCUAAAUGAUAAGUUAUCUGAGCGUGACGAGGUAGGAGGCGGCAGAACGCCAAGGAGACAGUCUGUUCUCACCGCUCGCCAGGUGAGGACGCGGUGACUGCCAUCCUCAGCCAGCCACGUUACCAAGAAGAGGCUGGAACAUGCUGGGAAAGGUGUGUGUCGUGGCCCUGACGGUCACCCUGGCAGCAGCCCAGGUGAUGUUCCCCGGGGAAGAGUCUCCAGGUGGAACCUCUUCCUCAGCAAUCUUCUUCCCAAGGGAGUCACAGAGGCCUGAAGUCCCAUGUACCACUUAUGAUGGGCAGCAGGGCGCUUGCCGGCUGUUACUGAAGUGCGCUACCUUCUAUGCAGAGAUUGCUGAGCUGUCCCGCUCCCCAUGCACCAUCAGCAGCGAGCAGCAGGGUGUCUGUUGCCCACCCACUAAGGAACCAAUUGUGGAUGUGAGUGGACUGAUCAGCAAGCAGCACCCUGUGCCUCCCUCUGUUCCUGACAUCCAGUUCCCUGACCUCAACAAGGCCUGUGAGAUGGGUGUUCAGGAGGUGAACCAGAAGGAUGAUUUUGAGGCUUUCUUGCUGCAGAACAAUGUAGUGGCAAAAAAAGGCUCGCCAACAUCUCUUCAUGCACAGCUUUUCCAGACAUCAGAGGAGAUCGUCAAGCAAGCCAAGGAUGCUUCCAAGAACAUCGCUGCUUCUGUCAUUCUUGCAAAGGAGUUUAACCUUAACAAGGAACAGGGUGGGUUUGGUCUGCCAAAGUUUGGCAUCCAGAAUACUGUGAUUGAAGACACUUGUCCUGAAGAACCAAUCUGCCCAAGAACUAAAUACCGCGCUUUGGAUGCCACCUGCAACAACCGUCGCCACAAGAACUGGGGCCGAGCUGGGACUGCCUUCCAGCGCAUCCUCGCAGCCGACUAUGAUGACGGAUUAAACACACCCCGUUCCACUUCCCAGUCAGGAGCACCCCUGCCGUCACCUCGCCUCAUCUCCUCCAAAGUUAUCAUCGACAGGGACAAUCUUUAUGCAAACUUCACUAUGCUCAUCAUGCAGUGGGGACAGUUCUUGGACCAUGAUGUGACCCACACCCCCAUCUCUAAAGGAAAGAACAUGUCGGAUAUCACCUGCUGUAUCAAUGGAGCCUUUCGUCCCGCCUCAGAGAUGCAUCCUGAAUGCUUGCCAAUUACCAUCCCAUCUAACGAUCAUUUCUACAGCAAAUUUAAUCAGCAGUGCAUGGAUUUUGUAAGGUCCAUGCCAGCAGUUCGUCCUGCAUGUAACUUUGGCCCUCGGGAGCAAAUGAACCAGAUUACAGCCUUCAUAGAUGCCAGCAAUGUCUAUGGAUCCAGUGUGAGUGAGUCCAAUGAACUUAGAACAUUCACUGGUGGGUUGCUGAAGGAAAGCAACGACCCAAAACAUCUCCUUCCACCCAAGCCCAGUGAAUGUAAGGACUCCACUGGCCAGAAGUAUUGCUUCAAGGCAGGUGACAGCCGUGUGAAUGAGCAGCCACAGCUGGCUGUCAUGCACACUGUAUGGAUGAGGCAACACAACCGCCUGGCCAGAGAACUCUCUAAGAUCAACCCAGGAUGGACUGAUGAGAUCCUUUUCCAGGAGUCAAGGCGCAUUGUGGCAGCACAGAUGCAGCACAUCACCUACAAUGAGUACCUGCCCAUUAUCCUGGGAGGCACAUUCAUGGAGGCAUUUGGUCUUGUGCCACGUAAAGCUGGGUAUGCUCCAGGCUACAGCGAUAAUAUUGACCCCAGUAUCAAUAAUGUGUUUGCCACUGCUGCCUUCAGAUAUGGCCACACCCUCAUCUCUGGCUUCAUGCAGACUUUUGGUAAGUUUGGCACUGUGAUAGACAGUCUGAAGCUCAGCAAGCACCAGUUUUCACCUUUCAGCCUCUAUCAACCUGGUGGUUUUGAUGCACUUAUUCGAGGGUUCUCCACCCAGCCAAGUCAGAAAUUCGACCACUUCUUCAGUGAGGAGCUGACCAAUCAUCUGUUUGCUGGUAAUAAUCCCUUUGGCAUGGAUCUCGUGUCUCUUAACAUCCAGCGUGGCAGGGAACAUGGCCUGCCGCCAUAUAAUCAGUGGCGCAAGAUUUGUGAUCUGCCGCUGGCACAAACAUUUAAUGACCUCAGUGAUGUCAUGGAUGCCCAGGUGAUUGCGCAGCUGCAGACAUUGUAUGAAGAUGUAAAUGACAUUGACAUCUUCAUUGGAGGCAUCUCUGAAAAGCCGAAGCGAGGGUCUGUCCUUGGUCACACCUUCCUCUGCAUCGUUGGGGACCAGUUUGCUCGCCUCAGACUUGGUGACCGAUUCUACUACGAGAAUGGUGGGCUGGAGCCAUCUUUCAGCGAGGAUCAGCUCGAUGAGAUCCGACAGACAAGUCUUGCCCGCAUCUUGUGUGACAACUCAGACAACAUAGAAAUGAUGCAGCCUCUUGCCUUCAUCCAGGCCCAUCGCUUGAACAAGCGAGCUUCAUGUGCUUCUGGGAGACUGAUCCCAAAGGUGUCCCUAGCACCAUGGAGGAAUGAACCAGUGUGGGCCUGAGAAGGAUACUGUUGCUCCACCACCACCACCACCACCACCACUACAACCACCACCAUAACUAGUACCUCCACUAUCUAGUACUACUGUCUCUCACCUUCAUAAGAAGAUAAGAAAAUAAGGGAAGCUGAAAGAAACCAUACACACCUACAUAUAUCCACCUGUCAUCUUCAUCCAUAGAUUGGUCUCCUUUUCUUUUAAACCUCAGUAAUGACUUGGCAUUAACAACCUUAGUCAUUUCCAUUCAUCUAUCUCUAUUUGAUCAAGAACACAUGCUGACAACUCUCAAAGAAUAACACAUUCUUUAUGGGUCACCAAAGUAGCAGUUUAGUAUUAAUCUGUGUCUUGUUUUGUUCUUAAUUUAUACUAUUAAAAGAUUAUUCUCCACUGUAUAUUGUUAUUUUAUGUUUUCUUGUAUGAGCAGUCUUUGUACUAUGCUAUGGACCUGGUGUUUUGCAUAUAUAGAAUACUCUUUGAGGCUCUCACACUGAAUACUCUUUUGUAGAGAUGGGGGUAAACAUUGCUGUGAAAUCCUUGUAAUUGGAGCAGGUGUAUGGUGGGAAGGUUGAACUUGUAAGAAUGAUCAUUCAGGUGUAUCUCCUCAAAUAUAACAUUACAUUUUACAA